GUGUAAAAAAAUGGCUCCUACCGAAGAGUUCAAACCUGUAACCCAUUUCUUAAGACCACAAUAUGUGUACUUGUCUUUGGCAAGUUUAUUGUUUAUCCACGUGUUGCCACUAAUUACAGAGGUUCCAGCGGGUGUUUAAUUAGUCGUUCAAUCUUUGGCUUGUCUCUAUAUAGGAGCUAUGGCAACAUCCAAAAUAAAAUAUAACAAAGAAAACAACAAGUUGGAGAAGGAGGAGAAAUAAUAAGAAGAUAAAAUGACAUAAAAGGAUGCUCUACAAUUUCCACUCUAUUUAUCUGCCUAUUUAUUUGGACUCUAUCUAUUGUUGAAAUAUUUAGAUGAAGCAUUUCUCAAGACUGGCAUAACUUUGUUUUUCUCAGCAGUAGGAGUCUUAUGUUUGAUGGGAAUCAUAGAAGAUGCAAUCGAAAGAUUAUUCCCAAUUGAUUACUCUACUAAAAUAGUAGUAGAAAAGAAAUUCAAUUUAAAUUUGAUAUUUACAAGCAAGGAAAUUGAUAUCCAAUUAACUAAGUUGAAUUUCAUAUCAUUCCUUGUUUCAAUGCUUCCCUUGGGUGUGUAUUUAGGAUCUAAAAAUUGGAUUUGCAACAAUCUAUUUGGCAUUGCCUUCACAGUUUCAGGAGUUGCAAAUUUUACAGUGAUUCCAAAUUUCAAGAUUGUUUACCUGAUGCUUUGGGGACUCUUUUUCUAUGAUAUUUUCUGGGUUUAUGGAACUGAUGUGAUGGUUACAGUUGCAAAGUCCAUUGAUGCUCCUAUCAAAUUAUAAUUCCCAUUUACUGCUUUGAAUGAUGAAGGAAAUCCAUUUACAAAAUACAGUAUUUUAGGUUUGGGUGAUAUUGUUGUGCCUGGAAUCUUUGUUGGCAUGUGUCUUAAAUAUGAUGUGGAUAGAUAGAUUGAAAAAGUAAAGAAGAUUUCUGAAAUCAAAAUCACUUAUUUCUUGUGGUGUUUUGUAGGUUAUGCUAUAGGAAUUGUGACUACUUUGGCUGUUAUGAUUUUAUCAGGCCAUCCUUAACCAGCAUUGUUGUUUUUAGUUCCAGGAUGCACCUUGAGUGUUCUAAUCAAGGCUUAUCUAGACAAAUCUCUUCUUCAAUUUUGGGCUUACGAAGCAGACCCAGAGAAGCCAGAUGACAAAGCAUCUAAUGCAGAUCCAAUUAAAAAUAAAUGACAUAUUGUUUUUAAUAAAUAAAAUUAUUUAA